AAGAAUGCAUCAACAGGGUUUAUCAUUCUACUUACCCAUGGGAUUAUUUGCCAUGCAAUUGAUAAAUACUUAAAAAGACCGUGGUGGCGCAUCCUUGUCCUUUUUUUUAUGUUUUCCCCCUUCCCCGGGUGCUUUUCAACAUCUGCGGCAUCGUCGAUCUGUGUUCCAUGGUUAUUAACUCUUGUUUCUGAGAGGCUUCCAUCUGUCCUACCUUCAUCAUCAGUCGCCGCUCACCUAAAACAGAUUCCCAUAUUACCCUCCAUAGGAUGGGUCUCUUGCAAUUUCUGAAAUCCCGUUCGGGAUUUCGGGUUGACAACAGCAAAACCACCUCCGCAGCAACUCUUACUUUACGCCAAAGUUUAUGGCCCUUGACCCUCGUUACCAUUCUCUUCUUCCUAUGGGGAUUUGCCUACGGGUUGCUGGAUACCCUCAAUAAACAUUUCCAAGAGACGCUACACAUAACUCGGGUCCGUUCCUCUGGGCUUCAAGCAGCUUAUUUCGGUGCCUACCCGCUUGCUUCCUUGGGCUAUGCCAACUACCUUCUUCGGCACUUCGGCUACAAGGUCGUAUUCAUCUUUGGCCUGGUUCUUUACGGCAUUGGAGCCCUUUGCAUGUGGCCCGCGGGAUUGAAUCAAUCGUUCGGAGGGUUUUGCGCAGCGACCUUUGUCAUCGGUUCGGGAUUGGGAUCGCUCGAGUCUGCGGCCAACCCCUUCAUUACCGUCUGCGGACCUCCCAAGUACUCCGAGAUCCGAAUCAACCUUGCCCAGGCAUUUAACGGCAUCGGUACCUGCGUAGCCCCAGCUCUAGCAUCCUACGUAUUCUUCACUUCCACCGAAGAUGACGUGAACGCUCUCAAGCGUGUCCAAUGGGUGUACCUCGCCAUUGGCAUCUUCGUCUUUAUUCUCGCUGCCGUUUUCUUCGUCUCGGAAAUACCCGAGGUCACCGAUGAAGACAUGGCCUUCCAGGUCUCCGAGACGCAUGUAAACGAGCAGGACAAAUCAUUCUGGAAGCAAUAUAAGUUGUUCCAUGCGACAUUGGCUCAGUUCACCUACACGGGUGCGCAAGUUGCUAUCGCCGGAUACUUCAUCAACUAUGUCACGGAAACCUGGCCCGGCACCUCAAGCUCCACGGGCUCCAAAUAUCUCGCCGGGGCUCAAGGGGCCUUCGCCGUGGGUCGGUUCCUCGGAGCGAUCAUUAUGAAAUUCAUCAGGCCUCGCUGGGUAUUCCUGGUUUAUCUUUCCUGCACCGUAGCUUUCAUCGCGGCGUCCACCACGCAAGGGCGACAGAGCGGUUUAGCGAUGCUCUUUCUCACCCUCUUUUUCGAGUCCGUCUGCUUUCCCACCAUCGUUGCCCUCGGCAUUCGCGGCCUGGGUCGCCACUACAAGCGCGGCUCUGGCUUCAUCGUCGGCGGAGUCUGCGGUGGAGCCGUCGUUCCACCGGUCCUGGGCCAUGUCGCCGACAUGCGCGACAGUACGGGAUUUGCCAUGAUUGUCCCGACGAUGUUCAUGGUUGUUGCAUGGACAUAUGCUGUGGCGGUCAAUUUUGUUCCUUCAUACAAGGAAACCGUCGAUAAAGUCGGGUCGAGCAACAUUGGACUAAGAGAGGGGGACGGUGUUAAAGGGCAAGAUGUAGAGAUUGGAGUCACGGAGGACCCAGAAAAGCCCCGAGAGAUACAUAUUGAGAGGUGAAGUGCCCUAAGUGGCUCUUCACGGCGACGUCUACGAAUGUUCCUUUUCAAUAAAUGUUUUUUUAUGAGACAAAUCACUAGGAUAC